AUAAGGGAAGUCCCCUCCCUCACCCAUUGUUGUCCACGCCUCUGCUUUUGUCAUCAAUUUUAAGCUGUCUGAAAAACAUGUAUUUCUAUUAUUAUCAAUCUACAGAAUAUACUUGGCCCUAUGUAUUGCUGACAUGUUGCUGCUCCUGAUGUGAGGCGUCUGGAGGAUGUAGGGAGGCGGUGCUCCUGCAGGCAGCAGGCGGCAAGCAGGCAGGCAGGGCUGGGCAGCAGCAGCAGCAGAGCGCAGAGGAGCGGCGCAGAAAGAGACAGCAAGGAGGGGAGACAGACGGACAACACAACCACCAUACGAAGAGGUACCGUCGUGACAGCGUCUGUCCGCGGAACGGAAACACCCGGGGAGGACUGCGUUUUCAUGCAUUUGUAGAAACAGCCCGUCGUCACCAUGACAGCGGAGGAAACCAUCAAUGUGAAGGAGGUGGAGAUCAUCAAGGUGAUCCUGGACUUCCUCAACGCCAGGAAGUUGCACAUCAGCAUGUUGGCCCUGGAGAAGGAGAGCGGCGUCAUCAACGGGCUCUAUUCAGACGACAUGCUCUUCCUCAGGCAACUGGUUCUUGAUGGCCAAUGGGAUGAGGUCCUACAGUUCAUUCAGCCUCUGGAGUGUAUGGAUAAAUUUGACAGAAAAAGGUUUCGUUACAUCAUCCUGAAGCAGAAGUUUCUGGAGGCUCUGUGUGUGAAUAACGCCAUGUCUGCAGAGGAUGAGCCGCAGCAUCUUGAGUUCACCAUGCAGGAAGCAGUCAAGUGUCUCCACGCCCUGGAGGAGUUCUGUCCCACUAAAGAUGACUACAGCAAACUGUGUUUGCUCCUGACGCUGCCUCGCCUCACAAACCACGCUGAGUUCAAGGAUUGGAACCCGAGCACAGCCAGGGUGCAGUGCUUUGAGGAGGCCUGCACCAUGGUAGCAGAAUUCAUCCCUGCUGACAGGAAGCUGAGCGAGGCUGGAUUCAAGGCCAGCAGGGAUCGACUCUUCCAGCUGCUCCUCAAGGGAGUCCUCUAUGAGUGCUGUGUGGAGUUCUGCCAGAGCAAGGCGACAGGAGAGGAGAUCACAGAGAGCGAGGUGCUCCUGGGUGUUGAUAUGCUGUGCGGUAACGGCUGUGAUGACCUGGACUUGUCCCUGCUCUCCUGGAUGCAGAAUCUCGCCCACACCGUCUUCUCUUGCGCCUUCGAACAGAAACAACUUAACAUCCAUGUGGACCGCUUGGUGAAGCCUGCAAAGACCGGCUACGCUGACCUCCUCACCCCGCUCAUCAGCAAACUGUCUCCGUACCCUUCCUCCCCGCUGCGUCGCCCACAGUCCGCCGACACCUACAUGUCUCGCUCCUUGAACCCGGCGCUGGAUGGGUUGUCUUACGGGCUGUCUGGCCAGGAUAAAAGAGCGAGUGGUGGGGAUGUACCUCCAGGGAAAGGUAUCUCUCCCAUGUCUCACUCGUUUGCAAACUUCCACUACCCCGGAGCGGGAGGCCAGAAUCUGACCAGGAGUCUAAUGAUGGAGAGCUCAGACUGCCACAGCAUCUUUGAGGAAUCCCCUGAAACAUCAAGGACAGACACGCCUGUGGAUAAGAUGUUGAGUUCAGGUGGAGCUCAGACUCUGCGUCCUGACUCAGCCCCAGGCGAGGACGCUCCACCUGCUGGCACUGCUGACAAAAAUGAGCUUCGGGACUCAACAGAGAAGUAUGAGGAGUUCUAUCGGCAGCGUCUUCGAGUGCAGCAGCACCUGGAGCAGAAGCAGCAGCAGAGGCAAAUGUACCAGCAGAUGCUGCUGGAGGGCGGAGUCCAGCAGGAGCCUCCCCCCAGCGACAUGCAGCACAGCCUGACAGAGAAGUUCCUCAACAGAUCCAUCCAGAAGCUGGAGGAGCUCAAUGUGGGGAUGGAGAAUUUAGGGGAGGAGGUGAAGUCUCUGACACAGCAGUGUAAUGGAAAUGGGAACCCGCCUGCCUCUGAGGACAAUAACAACCCUCCGCCUGAAUCCCCCAAGGAGAGCAGGACCAUAGGGGGAGGGGUGCUAAGCAGCACCCCACAACACACAGUAGGGGGCCGCACAGUCCCACCCCCUAAUGAGUCCCCUGUCAUAUCCCAGAGUGGACAGAUAAACAAAGAUCAACAAGAAGACUCUCCUGGCAGCUUAACCAGAAGUAAAGAGGGUGAGAAGGAAAAAAGCCUGUUUGUACCGGUGCAUACGCUGGAAGACACUCAGGCUGUUCGAGCUGUUGCCUUUCACCCGUCUGGAUCCCUCUAUGCGGUGGGAUCGAACUCCAAAACUCUACGUGUCUGCGCUUAUCCAGAAAAUAUAGAUCCAAGCAGUUCAAGUCCAAUAAAGCAGCCAGUUGUCCGCUUCAAGAGGAACAAACACCACAAAGGAUCCAUUUACUGUGUAGCCUGGAGUCACUGUGGACAGCUUCUGGCGACAGGCUCAAAUGACAAAUAUGUCAAAGUCCUUCCUUUUAGUGCCGAGACAUGUAAUGCCACAGGCCCAGACCUGGAGUUCAGCAUGCAUGACGGCACCAUCAGAGACCUGGCCUUCAUGGAGGGUCCUGAAAGUGGAGGAGCCAUCUUGAUCAGCGCUGGAGCUGGAGACUGUAACAUCUACACCACCGACUGCCAGAGAGGGCAGGGUCUGCACGCCCUAAGCGGACACACAGGUCACAUUCUCUCACUGUACACGUGGGGAGGCUGGAUGAUUGCCUCAGGCUCACAAGACAAGACGGUGCGUUUCUGGGAUCUCAGGGUGCCCAGCUGUGUCCGAGUAGUGGGAACUGCUUUCCACGGCUCAGGCAGUCCUGUUGCUUCAGUAGCAGUUGAUCCAAGUGGCCGUCUCCUAGCAACAGGACAGGAAGACAGCGCAUGCAUGCUGUAUGAUAUCCGAGGAGGUCGAAUCGUGCAGGUGUACCGGCCUCACGGCAGCGACGUGCGAUCAGUCAGGUUCUCCCCAGGAGCACACUACCUGCUUACAGGAUCUUACGACACCAAGGUCAUGGUCAGCAACCUUCAAGGUGACCUGACGAAGCAGCUGCCUCAGACUGUGGUUGGAGAGCACGGAGACAAGGUGAUCCAGUGUCGAUGGCACACGCAGGACCUGUCCUUCCUCUCAUCUUCUGCUGACCGCACUGUCACACUCUGGACUCACAACCCUUAACACAAGCACACAAACAAACACACACACACACACACACACAAACACACAAAACCAGUCUCUAUAAUUUAAAAGACACACAUUCCCCCUAAAAUAACAAUCCUGCACUAUCAACACUGUCACACCCCUUUAACACACUUACAGCUGAAACACACACAUGUAGACACAAACAGGUGACUGAGCCUUCCCCUCCUGUCUUUAGGAAACCAAAUGGAUACAAGCCUGUGACACAUCAAAAGCACACACAUGCUGCAUGUUUUCUUUUCUCUCUACACCUCUCACAUCCUCUCACACUGGCUGAUCACCCACAGGUCAUUCAUUAUUCUCUCAUCAGUUCAUCCCUUCAUGUGCUUUCCACCUACAUCCUCACUCCUUCAACACACCUGUCAGUUACUGCAUGAAGAGGUUAGACAGGACAGAGUGCUUUGUUCAUGAUGGUGCCUUCCUUGAGUUUUCAUUACUAGAAAGGAAAAAAAAAACAACUAAAAAAACAAAAGAAAACAUGGUCAUUUUUUCAAGAUCAAAUUUUGUGAACUCAUUUUGAGAAGUCCUACAUUCCUCCUUCUUUGCAUAUCAUUUUCUUACGUCUGCUGCUAUUUUUUGGGACGAGAAGAAGAGUCGACUAUCUUGUGUAAAAUGUAAAAUUUUCAGUGUCAGUGGUGAAUUUUUCCCGUGAGGAGGCUUAAGUCUGUGGAAAUCCUAUCUGUCGAUCAGUCAGCUGUUGCCUUCCCUGUAGGAUGAUGUACUCAUGUCUAAUGUUACUGCAUUAACUACAACUCAAAAAAGUGUAAAUUUAUAGCUUGUGCAUUUGUUUCAAUUUGAAAUCGGUGUUGCCGCGCUGGAGCUGUUCAUGUCUUGCUACAGCUUGCUUGCAAUGAAAGGUUGUGAUUUUGUCGGCGUCGAAGGGAAAAACAAAGUGUAAUAAGUGGUUCAGAGCCCUGGCAUUUUUUCAGAGUUCAUAAUGCUUUGAUUGGUCUACUGCUGUUAUGAUUUAACACCAGUAGGGGGCGGUCUACGCUCAUAAGAAGGGUCUUAACGUGUGCACAAAGAGGACGGAUAGGUGUUUGGAUAUUUAUUCAGAAACAGUAUUCUGGGCAUAUGCAUUGUAUUCUUUUCUUGUAUUUGACAUUCGCACUUUGUCUUCUUACAUUGAUUUACUGACAAAAAAGCAUAUUUAAGUUUGUAUGUUAAUGUAUAGUGUAUAUUGUUUUAACAAAUAAGGCCAAACUAAUGCGUACAUAGAUGUAUUUAUUUCAGUUGUGUUUAUGUAUGUACAGUUAUUAUUAGUAUGUUUUCAAAAUGCUAGUGGCUCCUGUAUUUAGCCUUUCUAUUUCUUGUUUUUUAAAGUGACUUACUUAAAUUAAUUCAAGCUAACUCAAGUCUGCUGGUACGUUCAAUAAAGUGUCUUUUACACAAA